CCUCCUUCCUCUCCCCAAACCAAAAUCCAUCACACUCGCGAGAGACACCAGCCGAGAACCUUCCCGAAGCUUUGAGAAGCCGCCCGCCCAGCGCAGCCAAGGGAAAGCAGCGCCAUCGCCAUCGCCAUCGCCCAUGGAGAAGCAGACCAAGCCGGCGCCCGACGCUUCGGCCCACAUCGAGGCGCUCCGCUGCGCCAGGGCGUCGCUCCUCCUCGCCUCCCUCCGCCGGCCACGCGCGCCGCCUGCGCAGGAUCGCCGGCGCUCCUUCUCCUCCUCCUCCUCGGCCGCCGCAGCGGAGUGCGCGCUCCGGUCCGAGGGGCUCCUCCACCACGGAGAGAUUGCGGCGGCUCGGCGCGAGGCCGCCGGGCACGCGCGGAUCGCCGGGUUCGAGCUGCUCCUCGUGCUCGCCGUGGCGCCUGCCUUGCUGCUGCUGCUCCUCCUCCUCCCGCUUCUCUAGGCCGCGGCGGCGGGAUCUGUGUGCCGACGUCGACCGAAUCCGAAGAUGUUUGGUGUGGCCCGUGAGUGUCUUCUGAUGUUGUGCAUGGUGAUGGUGUUCGGCUGGGCACUUUUUCGCGAUGGGCUUGAUUUUGCUUCAGAUUCUGUACUUGUCUAUCGAUUUUCAAGUCCAGUUCGUGUGUUCGAUCAAACGCAUGUUUGGGGUUAGUCGCGUGUAGAUAAAUAUAAGUAUCAGCAGAGUUGUUUCGGUUGUAAUACUGACACAUGAAACUGAUUGGUGGUUUGGAUAUACUGGUGGAAUCAGCCAUGCGAAAUGCAGUAUAGAAA